UUAGUUGCUAAAGUAGUUAGCUAAAGCGGAAGGAGGAGUCCGGGGCAGUCCUGAGGGGGACAUCAUGUAGUUUCUUCAACACAGACUGUUAGAGACUGAACAUAUUCAGACCUCCGUGUUUCUUCACAUCCUUUUUAUUCCUGAAACUCUUUUCUGUUGUGAUUUCUUCACAUCCGACCGACUCCAUGUUCCUGCGCGGGUCCAAGAAGCGACGGUCCAACCGCUCGCAGGAGGAAGAGGACCCAGACCGAGGGCAGCCCUGUCUGCGCUGUGGGGACCAGUGCCCCGGCUUCCGAGUCCACGGCUGGAGGAAGAUCUGCGUACACUGCAAGUGUGUGCGAGAGGAGCACGCCGUGCGCUCGGUGCCGGGUCAGCUGGAGAAGAUGAUGACGAAGCUGGUGUCCGACUUCCAGAGACACUCCAUCUCUGACGACGACUCGGGCUGCGCCUCCGAGGAGUACGCCUGGGUCCCGCCUGGGCUCAAGCCCGAACAGGUGUACCAGUAUUUCAGCUGCCUGCCAGAGGACAGGGUGCCUUAUGUGAACAGUCCCGGGGAGAGACACCGGAUCAAACAGCUGCUGCACCAGCUGCCGGCCCACGACAGCGAGUCGCAGUACUGCAACACUCUGGACGAGGAGGAGAAGAAGGAGCUGCGUUUGUUCAGCCAGCAGAGGAAAAGAGAGAACUUGGGCCGAGGCGUCGUCAGACUCUUCCCUGUCACUAUGACGGGAGCCGUCUGCCAACAGUGUAGCCGGCAGAUCUGCGGUGGAGACAUCGCGGUGUUUGUCAGUCGGGCGGGACAGAGCAGCUGUUGGCACCCGCAGUGUUUCCAGUGUUCCACCUGCAGCGAGCUGCUGGUCGACCUCAUCUACUUCUUCCAGGAAGGACAAAUCUACUGCGGCCGACAUCACGCCGAGAGAAUCAAGCCGCGCUGCCAGGCCUGCGACGAGAUCAUUCUGGCCGACGAGUGCACGGAGGCCGAGGGACGAUACUGGCACAUGAAGCACUUCUGUUGUUUCGAGUGCGAGGCUGCGCUGGGCGGUCAGCGUUACAUCAUGAGAGAGAGUCGACCGUACUGCUGCACCUGCUACGAGUCGCUGUACGCGGAGUACUGCGACACCUGCGGAGAACACAUAGGCAUCGAUCAGGGCCAGAUGACGUGAGGUCAGCACUGGCACGCCGUGGAGUCGUGUUUCUGCUGCGCCCGCUGUCAGCUGCCUCUGCUGGGGCGUCCCUUCCUCCCCCGAGCGGGGCUCAUCUUCUGCUCCAGGCCCUGCUCGCUGGGCGACGACCCCGAUAACUCCGACUCCUGUGACUCGGCGGUGCAGAGCAAGCCGCCGCAGCACAGACGCUGUGAGACGGCAGGGAAGCGUCGGCAGCCACCGUGCGGUUCCCCCCUGCAGCCACUAGAGGGCGUCAAGCUGCCAACAACUCCUGCUACAGACUGCGUUCACGCUGCAGUGGACAACAGAGGUGUCCACUGCACUGCUCCGCUUCCUUCCCCCGGCGGUCGUCCUCAUCCCAGAGGCUCCUUCUCCCCUCUGCCCCACAUCCAUCGAGGAAACGGCUUAGGUCCAUCGUGGCCCAGCGACCUCCCACAUUACAGUUUACUGCCGGGGGACGCUGGCGUCAAAGCUCCGGCCGGGGGAGAGCAGAAUGGAAGCACUGGACUGACCGGUCUUAAUUCAAGAGGAACCUCGACAGCGAAGGACUGCAGGAACUGGGUGGAGCGGACCAAUCAAGUUAUGCAAGUGUUUCCUCUCUCGCACCUCGUGUCCCCGGACUCUCCUCCCCUCCCGCCCACCAACCCCUCCGUCCUCCCCCCUCCUCUCCCCGUCAAGUCUCGUGACCUGACGCCCCGGGACUCUCCCCUGCCGAACCUCCCCCAGCCGGACGACGGACCCUCCGACGCUCCGCCCCCGCUGUCCCGCAGCAGCGCGGCCAGGGUCAGCUUCAGAGAGCCAAUCAGCAGCAGCUACUCCGUCAAGGAGGACGAGGAGGAAGAGGAGAACGAGGAGGAGCCGCGAGAGGGCGAGGAGCUGCAGCAGGAGGAAGAGGAGGUGGAGGGAGGUUUCGGAUGCAGGUUGCAUCUCCAGAAGGGCAUCCCCCCCCAGAUGGACCUGCUGGAUGGAUCUUCUUAUCAACAGCGUAGUCUGCGACGAGGGUGGAGCCGCUGCCGUAUCCCCUCUGACCCGCUCUCCACCCGGGGUCGGAGAGGCGCCCCCGACGCUCGCGGUCUGACCGGCCGCGCCUGGACACGCUGGACUGGAGGGGAGAGAAAGAGCGGGACGGCUGCGCCCCCCCCUCGCUGACGCUCCAGCGGGGCCGGUACAAACACGAAGACUGCUCCACCUGCUCCUCGUCCUCAGACUCGGAGGAGGAGGGCUUCUUCCUGGGACAGCCCAUCCCGCUGCCGCCGCAGCUCCGGAAGCAGCCGCCCGACGACGGCAAAGACAGAGAAGAAGAGCGGGAGGUGCAGAGAGACUGGGGGGGGCUGAGAGGCAGCAUCCGGCGCAGGAGAGCUCACAGCCUGGGGGCAAAGGACAAAGACAAAAACUGUGCCAUCUCCUAACAUCUCCCAGCAGGGGGCCUCCUCCAUGAUGAAGAUGAUGGCUUCAUCACUCUGGUGUUCUUCACCAGCUGAAUCCAACACGUGUGCCGACGCUUCCACACAUCAACCAUUGUUCCCGACACACUACUUAGGGGGGGGGGGGGG